AUGACCUCCCCUCAAAACACAGCAGAUCGAGCCACCCCAACUCAAAUCCCCGUCUCUACCUCCUGGCUAAGCCCCGGCCCCGCAUCCAGCGACUUCCGCAGCGACACAAUCACAACCCCCACGCUGCCCAUGCUAUCCGCAAUCGCCCAGACAACGCUUCUCGACGACGUCUACCGCGAAGACCCAACAACCAGCACCUUCGAGUCCUUCAUCGCAGCCCUCACCGGCAAGGAGGACGCCCUCCUCGUGCUCUCCGGCACAAUGGGCAACCAGAUCGCCCUCCGCUCGCUACUGACCCAGCCGCCGCAUGCGAUCCUCGCGCACGAGCGCGCGCAUAUCCUUACCUCCGAGGCGGGCGGGUGUGCGGCGCUCUCGCAGGCGCAGAUCCAGCCGUGCACGCCCGCAAACGGGCAGUAUCUCACGUUGGAAGACAUCAAGCGGACGGUCGUGCUUAGCGAUAACAUCCACGUCGCGCCGACGAGGGUGAUAUCGCUGGAGAACACGCUUGCGGGGGUGAUCACGCCGGUCGGCGAAGUGCAGCGGAUUGCGGGGUUUGCGCGCGAGACCGGGAUCCGGAUGCAUCUUGACGGGGCGCGGCUUUGGGAGGCUGUUGCUGCGGGGGCAGGGAGUCUAAGGGAGUAUCUGGCGUGCUUUGACACGGCGCAGCUGUGCUUUAGUAAGGGGCUGGGGGCGCCGAUGGGGAGUAUUAUUGUGGGUUCGAAGGACACGCUGCGGCAUUGCCGGUGGGUACGGAAGAGCCUUGGGGGUGGGAUUCGGCAGGCCGGGGUUGUUUGUGCGGCGGCGAGGGUGGCGGUUGAGGAGAACUUUGGACGCGGGCCUAAUGGUGAAGGGGGGAAGCUGGCUGGGACGCAUGUGAAGGCAAAGAAGAUUAAGGGGAUGUGGGUUGAGCGUGGUGGGAAGGUUGCGAGGCCGGUUGAGACGAAUAUGGUUGUGCUGGAUUUGGGGCAUGCUGGGGUUUCGGUUGAGGAGGUGAUUGCCGUGGGGAAGGAGGAGGGGGUGAAGUUGUCAGGGGGGAGGAUUGUGGUCCAUUAUCAGAUUGUCGACGAGGCUGUGGAGAGCCUUGGGAGGGUGUUUGAUCGCUUGCUGGCAUCAAAGGAGACAGAUGUUGUGGCUGAUGGAUUGCAGUCGUGA